AUGCAGUACCUUCGAGACCGUCUCUCGUUAAAUCCACCACUUGAUCAAACUACAUCUGCGUCAUUACAACGAGCGGAUCAUGCUGCUAUUGAAAUUCCACACCAUUCAGGCACACCACCGAUACCACCGAACAGGAAACAACGAAAUGGCCCAAACGCAUCAUCAGAGUUGACAGUGUCUCCCACGAUUUCUACGUUCUCCGGAGCAACAGCGUACCAUUCAACAGGUGGGAGAGGAUCUAGUAAUGCCGGGACUCCACCGUCGGCCUAUAGUACGCCAUUUCAAAGCCCGGUGGUAUCCGAAAGAUGGCCUCCCCACAGCCACAGUGUACAUCCCCAACAGAUAACGAACAGUGUGGUUCAGGUUGAUAAGGACACACCGUCACCGACAAAUGUCUUUGUUAUAGAUCGUGGUCAUCUCAGCGGCUAUCCACGUACGUAUUCGGCACCUGCGCCAGGUGCCUACGUUAACAAUGCCUUUACCAAUGACAAUGGACAAAACGUUUUGAAUACUGAUUCCUUCGCUCAACCACACGUCAUCCGUGAACAAUAUUGGAGUUGGUCCUGCAAAUGUCAGCGAGAACUCAGUAACCGUGAGAAAAUACUGUUGCUGGUGGUUAUUUUCUUGCUUCUUAUUAUUGGCGGGCUGGCUGCUUAUCUAGGUAUCAUUUCGGAUGAUAGGAAUCCACUUCAGGGUGGUUUAUUGACUCCCGGAGGUUUACACUCUACAUGAAUAGGCUAGUAUAAUAAAUGUUGAUAGGGCUCAGUGAUUGAAAAUUUGUUGAUAAUAUUGAAUUUUAAUUAUUUUUACAUGCGAAAUAGAUCAUAGUUUUUGAACGUAUUUUAUGAAACUGCAGUUUUCGUUAUUAUCUGUCUCGACAAAAAGUGUGAUAAUAUGUUCAGUGCAAAUUACUUACAUCUGUUCAUCAACUGUAGAUAGCUACUUUGGCUCACUGAUUCCAAAAAUUACUUGAGAGUUUAUCUCAUAACUCUAUAGUUUUCGUAGUAUUGUGAACGUUACUUAUCGCUACCAAAGGUUAACACUAGAGUUUGUCCUCAUAUUGUAUAAAGACAUGAUUACUUAAACACGUAUUUUUUACUCAGCAUUCGCCAUAGUUUACGAAUUUUAGUGUAAGGAUAUGCGAUGUCAAUGUUACAGUCUAAGUUGAGGCAUCAAUGUUAUGAGGUUUAAAAAACUCGUGGUUUAACGUCUGCUUGUCGACAGGCACAGUCUGCGAUAUUGAACUCUUCUGUUCGGUCAUUUAAAUACAGCGUACUGAAUAACAAAUGCUAGAAACAACUUUAGCCCAACAGGGGUACAGGCGACAGUAAGCUAACUAGCAGUUUCGGCACUUAGUUUUUGCCAGCCUUCAUAUGGUUCAACGAAAAGGAAGAUACCAAAAGAUAGGUCUUAGAAUAAUGAACAAAUUGGCAUGAAAAACCCAUAUUCGAAAAAAUUGCACUUACGUCACUUUGUCAUCUAAGGGCAGAAUACGCCUAAUACAUAUUUUAUUUGUUUCAUAUAAGGUCCUAUUGCAAUAGUCGAGUAG